AUGAGCAAACGUGCAAUUAACACGACUGGAAAAGAUUCCUUGAAAGGGACAAUAAUCAAGCUCAAGAUAAUUUGUAAUAACACUCGGAGAGGCUCGACUAGAAGGGGAGUGUUGUUGUUCAAAUUUAAAGGAUCCUUUAACUGUACCAUACCAACCCCAACAUCACUGCCGACAACUUCCGAAGUGACAAAAGUGUCCAAGGCCCGGCCGAAGGUUUCCACUACCUUAGAAGAGCAAUCGACGACAACAAACUCACCGUCUAAAAGAACUGUAGUAGCCAGUUCUGAUUCUAACCAAGAGCGAAGAUCGGGUGGAAAAUCGUCCCCCUUGGCUCUCAUCGCAGGUGUUACCGUCGCCAUUUUGGUUAUUGUUAUCCUUAUCGCCCUCCUGAUUUAUCGACACCGACACUCAUUGGAGAAGUCCAACUCUGGUAGAGAGAGCAAAGAGAAAAGGGAAACAGUUAUAAGAAGUUUGGAUGAAAUUAGAUCAGAUGGGCCGGAAAACGAGGAUCAUUACAGAACGCUUACACUUGAAGAUUCAGCUGUUUAUGCAUCAGCGCCUGUUCGCAAUGGAGAAGCAGACCAAGGGAAUUCCAGAAAAAAUAAUGAUGACGAGAGACAUUUGUACGCUCCUUUGAAUAUUUCUGUUGGAAAAAACAUCUAUGGUCACAGAAACAGCCAGGAAAUAGUUGCCAAAGAUGCGCGGCCUAAAAUAAAUGGCCCUAUCAGUGUGAACCAAUGUGUUUAUGAUCUCAUGGAGGAUAUACUCAAGGAGCCUUUAAAAGGACCCGCUGAGGGUGAUGAAAAUAGCACUGAACCCGUGUACAACGUUUUGGAGGGUUCGUGUCUUGAUGUGUCACAAAGCCCAGCCCUCUUUGGUAUCACGUCAGACUCCACAGAAGACCUUGUUUACAACUACCUUGACGAUGGCAAUGAUCCCAUUGGUAACGUCUUAGAGGGACUAUCUCUUAACGGCGCAGAAGAAUCAAAUCAUUAUGCUGCAACGGGCCCUAUGGAACCUGUUUACAACACUUUAGAGGCACCCGUCGAUGACAAUGAUGGUAACCCUGUGUACAACGUUCUAGAGGCUACUGAAGAUGAAGGAGGCCCUCGCCAUCAAAGUGCUAUGUUUACAAUAGUACCAAUCUAUCCUAACUUGUAAAAAUGCAAACCAAAUAUUUCAUAUAAAGGAAAUUACUUUAACAUUGAUAUUACGACUGAGACAGUUAUGAUAUUCUUGAGGAAGAUCCAAUCAGAAACGCUUUGUUUUGCGGCAGUAGACAAGGCUCCAUGAAAAAAGAAAGACAUUUGCCUCUAAUACCGGCCACGCAUUUUAAAAAGGAACAGUCAGAUUGUCAGAAGUAAUUCCGAUAUUAGAACAAUG